AACUGCUAGGAGCUAUUUUCAGACGUGCCGCCUCCGUUGCCAAUGAGAUCUUCUGGCGGGGUCGCGAUGGGCGGGUCGUGGACCCUCCGGUAUAAGGCGGUCCCGGAGGAGUGAGGAGAAGGGGGGUCUCGGCGGCCAGAGGAGGAGUAGGUGCGGGUGAAGAUGGCGGCAGCCGAGGCCGCGAACUGCAUCAUGGAGAAUUUUGUAGCCACCUUGGCUAAUGGGAUGAGCCUCCAGCCGCCUCUUGAAGAAGUCUCCUGUGGUCAGGCAGAAAGUAAUGAGAAGCCCAAUGCCGAGGACAUGACCUCCAAAGAUUACUACUUUGACUCCUACGCCCACUUUGGCAUCCAUGAGGAAAUGCUGAAGGACGAGGUGCGCACCCUCACGUACCGCAACUCCAUGUUUCACAACCGGCACCUCUUCAAGGACAAGGUGGUGCUGGACGUGGGCUCGGGGACAGGGAUCCUUUGCAUGUUCGCUGCGAAGGCCGGGGCCCGCAAGGUCAUUGGGAUCGAGUGUUCCAGUAUCUCUGAUUAUGCGGUGAAGAUCGUCAAAGCCAACAAGUUAGACCACGUGGUGACCAUCAUCAAGGGGAAGGUGGAGGAGGUGGAGCUGCCGGUGGAGAAGGUGGACAUCAUCAUCAGCGAGUGGAUGGGCUACUGCCUCUUCUACGAGUCCAUGCUCAACACCGUGCUCUACGCCCGCGACAAGUGGCUGGGUGGGAGAACGUGUACGGCUUCGACAUGUCCUGUAUCAAAGAUGUGGCCAUCAAGGAGCCACUUGUAGACGUGGUGGACCCCAAGCAGCUGGUCACCAACGCCUGCCUCAUCAAGGAGGUGGACAUCUACACCGUGAAGGUGGAGGACCUGACCUUCACCUCCCCCUUCUGCCUGCAAGUGAAGCGGAAUGACUAUGUGCACGCGCUGGUGGCCUACUUCAACAUCGAGUUCACCCGCUGCCACAAGAGGACUGGCUUCUCCACCAGCCCCGAGUCCCCGUACACGCACUGGAAGCAGACUGUGUUCUACAUGGAGGACUACCUGACGGUGAAGACAGGCGAGGAGAUCUUCGGCACCAUCGGCAUGCGGCCCAACGCCAAGAACAAUCGCGACCUGGACUUCACCAUCGACCUGGACUUCAAGGGCCAGCUGUGCGAGCUGUCCUGCUCCACCGACUACCGGAUGCGCUGAGGCAGCGCCUGGGUUCCUCCGCCCCAGCCAGGCUGGCCCUGCAUGGGCCCAGGGGCUGUGGCGGUCUUAGGCGGUUUUGGGGCUCCCCCUUCCUCCCCCUUCCCUCCCUCCCUCCCACAGAAGGGGGUUUUAGGGGCCUGGGCUGGGGGGUGGGGAGGGCACAUCGUGACUGUUUUUCAUAAUUUAUGUUUUAUAUGCUUGCAUUUACGCCAAUAAACCCUCAGCUGGGACCUGG